UUGUCUCUCGGGACUUCUCUUCAUUGUUUAAUUUGUUGAAGAUUGAAGAUCGCUAAAAGUUUCACGAAUAAAUACGUUUCUCAACUCUAUUAUUUAGGCCAACAUGGAAUCAACCAAAAGAAUGAAGCUCACUACUAAAGCUGUAACAGAAAGAGGCAGUUAUACGUGGACGAUCAAGAAUUAUAGUAUGAUAAAAGCAGAAAAUGGAGAGUCGAUAGAAUCACCAGAAUUUAGUGUUGGAAGUGAUGAUAAGAAAUACUUCAAACUGAAAUUAUACCCUGAAGGCGAAAGAGAGAAAGCUGCGGGAUUCAUUUCUAUAUUUCUUUACUACUUAAAAACUGAUUCAACAAAGAAUCUGGACAAACUCGUAUGUAGAAGCAAGGUUUCAGUUAUUAAUGACGAGAAAGUUGUUACGCAAUCUACAUUACAUGAAGAUUUUAUGCAAUCGCGGCAAAAAUCCUGGGGUUGGUCAAAAUUUUAUGAGCUAGAAGAUAUUGACAAAUUAAUUUCUUCCAAGAAUACUGUCACCAUUCAAUGUGAAUUGGAAGUUUUCAAGGAAUAUGAAUCUUCAUUAGAUUCAAAAAACAUUGAUAGUACAGAUGAAACAAUUAAUGGAGUAAAAUUUGACUCUGCAUUUCUAAGUGAAGAACUCAGUGAUGUUGAGUUGAUAAGUUCUGAUGAAAGUGCCAUUCGAGCUCACAAAAUUGUACUCGCUAUGGCCAGCCCAGUAUUUAAGGCCAUGUUUACUCAUGAUAUGUUAGAAAGUAAAAAUAAUUCUGUUGAGAUAAUGGAUACACCUUACGAUAUUCUAGUUGAGAUGUUGAGAUUUAUCUACACAGGUAAAAUUGCAAAUACCAAGGUAGAUGUGAUUUUGAACCUUUUAACAGUAGCUGAUAAGUAUCAAAUAGAUAAUUUGAAAAUCAAGUGUGGAAAAAUAUUACAGGCUGAAUUGACCACUGAAAAUGCAAUUGAGAUUUUGGAAGCUGCUCAUAAAUAUGAUGAAAAGUAUUUGAAACAUGAAGCAUUGGAAUUUGUCAAAACUCACAUACGAUCAUUUGUUGAAACUGAAGAACUGAAGAAAAUAUCUGAGCCUGAAUUACUAUUCAAUGUUAUUCAAACAAUAACAAAUUUCCCAAAGUGA